CAGUGGCGGCGGAGGCGGGACCGUUGGUGUUGCUUGUAGGGUUCCGGGCUCGGGCUCCAGACCUCGGCGUCGUGUGAUCCCUCCCCCUCCUAGCGCCUCGGGCGGCAGAAUAUUCAUCAAGGAUACUAUAUUCAAGAGAAAGUUUACAUUCUAGGAUGAUGAAUGCUGACAUGGAUGCUGUUGAGGCUGAGAAUCAGGUGGAAUUGGAAGAAAAAACACGACUCAUUAAUCAAGUGUUGGAACUACAACACACACUUGAAGAUCUUUCUGCACGAGUAGAUGCAGUCAAGGAAGAGAAUCUGAAACUGAAAUCGGAAAACCAAGUUCUUGGACAGUAUAUAGAAAACCUUAUGUCUGCAUCUAGUGUUUUCCAAACAACUGACACAAAAAGCAAAAGGAAGUAACAAGUUGGUUUACUUCUUGGUAUUGCUGCUGGGCUUGCUCGUUUUUCUUCUCAAUCUGCACAGGCUCUCUACAAAUUAAAAAAUCGUAAGUUUGUGACAUAAGUGAGUGGAGAGCACUAACCUAAUUGGAGGUUAUCAGUAAGUUAUGUAUCUGUUAAGACUUUGAAAAUGUGCAAAUGUAUUGUAGACACUUUAUAAUUAGAAUUGCAUAUAUUUGUUAAAAAAUGUUUUGUCACUAUUAGAUUUAAUUUGUAGGGUUAAGCAAAUGGCUAACAUUACAAUAGAAUCACUUAAAGCUGAGAAUUAACAAAAUAACUUGCGUUUUGUGGAAAAAAGUGACCAAAACCAUAUUCUAAAACAUAUAGCUUUAUCUAACUUGCCAACCAUCUUGUGCCUCUUUACAUUGUUAUCUUUGUUCCCAUCAUUAAUUAACUUAAAAUUUGGUCACUUAACCUAUAAACCUAUUUAAAUAGAAGAACCCAAACCCUACCAGUUUAAGAUGAACCAAAUAAAAGCUCUUCUCAACUGGGACAUAUAUCAUAAUGGGAUGGAGUUAGGUCUGUUGGUUUGCCCCUAACAAACUGAUAAGAUAAAAAAAUGGUAUUUUUGAAAAUUAAGAUUAUUCUUUGGAACCUUCAUUUGCUAUGAGAAAUUAAUGCAUAUUCAUACUAGGGACACAGUUCACAAAAAUAAUUCCAGAUUCCAUCUCAAAAAUAAAGCAAAUUGUAAACGCAUUAAUCCAAAUCCAUCCCAAUCCUUGCCUAGCAUAGUCUCACUUUUGAUCCAGCUUGGGGCUAUCAUUUGGAAGAAAAUGUAAUAAUAGGAGUAGUAAGUAAGUAGUAAGUAGUUCAAGCCUGACUCUCUAUUAGCUAAAUGUCAAUCUUCAAAGUUUCCAACGUCCAGAAAGAGUAUACAUUUGCGAAAAAAUAUUCUAGAGUUUAUCAGUAUUACAUGUUUAAAAUGGCAGAGUUUUUGUUUAGAGUACAAAUUAUCAAUUCUUGAGAAUUACUUUCUCCCUAAUUAUCUCAACUCCACUAUUUGUGUUUCAGGCAUGUUUUGCUAUUUUUUUUUCCCCUAAAUUCUUGUACAGAUUCCACUUAGCAUGGGAAUCUUAUUUAUCUGUUGAGAAUUAAAUGUAAAAAUGCUUUAGUUAUGACAAAAGAAAAGAGACCCACUAUUGUCAGUUACAAUGUUGACUUUAAUUAAAGCCACUUUUAAUCAAGGGGUGAUCUUUUUUUGUAUGGAUAUGAAAUUAGACAAAGUGAUUUUAGCUGUGUGUGUCAUGUGUGCGUGUGUAUAUACAAAGAUAUUAUAUACAAUAGUCAAAGUAAACAUUUUGCAUCCUAUUUGUGAACUUUUACCUCAUUUAUGAACACUUAAAAUUGUAUUGCAAUUCUGAAUUUCUGUUAAAUAAAAGCAUUUUUUUUUUGA